CCGCCUCUCCGGCAGUUGCCAUGACAACGGAGAAACGAUCCCGGCGCAUUCCCUGUUGUCUCGCCCGCGGUUCCCAGGCAACAGCUACACAAAACCAGGAAAACAUCCGGAAAGGACCCUCGGUCGUCCUCCUGGACCGAACGUGGAAUAACUGCAGGACCUGUUUACUCAUCAGGAUUCCUGGACGAUAUACUGGCAAAUAAAAAAACAAACAAACAAAAAACAUGACGACUUCUUCCUUUCCUGUGUUAGAUAACACCGACCCACGUCUAAAGCUGAAGGUGGAGAACAGAAUAAGAAACAUUUUUGUCACACAACCGGAAGACUCCAGGCACAGAAAGGAGGAAAAUGUCAACUACAUACCUGUUGUGACAGAGUCUCCAGGCAGACUCCUUGAGGCAGGAGUGAACACUUUGCAAAAGACCCUGGUUCUGAAGAAACAGGCUGAGUUGGAGGAGGUGGACCGGCAACUUGCACACAAACGGCAAGAGUUUAAGAAAGGUGUGGAAACUCUAGCUGUGAGAAGGUCUGAACUGGAAAUGAAACAGCAGCAGACUAAAGAGAGGGCGAUCAAGUUUGAGAAGUUUGUGGCUGAAAAUGAAGUGAAGCGACGCAGAGCACUGAAGAAGUAUGAGGCUGCACGGGAGCUGAACAUCGCGAAACAGAGAGAGAUAGAAGAUCUGACAGAACAGUUGAAGCAACUUCGAGCCAGACAGCAAGUUUUAAAGGAAAGAAUGGCAAAAUACAAAAUCUAUGAGGACUACCUGAUGGAAACACUACAUUAUUUCCCAAGCACUCACCUUGAUAAUGAGUCUGAAUCUCUGGUCAUGCCCAUCAUACGGCGCCACGAGACCCUGUCCAACACCCACCGGGAGCUGCUGCAGCGUCUGGGCCAUCUGGAGAAGGAGGUGGAGCAUGGCCAGAGACAGCUGCACAUCAUGAAGCAGGAGCACAGUAUUAAAACACUGAUGGCCAACAAGGAACUGUCUGAACUCCAGAGUGAGUUGGAAACCCUCAAAGAGAAGAACAAGCAGGCAGAGAUGAACCUGAUGCUGGAGCAAGGCCUGUCCAGAGAGAAGGUUGAAGACUUGGGCUGUUUGCUUAUGGCCAUAAACAACCUUGCAGAGCAGUGUUACCUAGCAGCAUACGGACCUCUGGAAAACAUGAAUGUACUGACAAAGAUGGACAUGGUGAAGGAAUACAUCCUGGACAAGGCAGACACAGAGAGAAGAGCGAGGAGACUGAUGGAGUCGGGGUCUGCACUGACGAGCAGAGCAGCUCUAACAGACAAAAAAGAAAGAGGGUCAAUGAAAAGCAUCAGCAGUAAAACACAAAUCAAAAGUCCCAGUAAAGUCAGUAAAAAGAGUGGGACAACGAGUUGAUGUAGAACUUUUACAAUGAAUCAUGUUCUUCCAGAUACAGUAAUCUAAUAAUGAAGUUUGUUGAGUGUGUAAGUUUAUUUUUGACCUUGGAAGCAGUAGCAUGACAAAAAAAACAUAACGAUGAAGAAUGUGAGAUGCAGUUGAAAACUCUGGAAAAACAAGAGUGGCUUGACACCUACAUUUUUUGAGUUGGUGUGACAGAGUUUCACUGUUCAAAACUCUUAAUGCAAUAUGCUACGCACCAAAUUUUGCACUAAAAUUUUGUACUGAUUUUGAGAAGAAGGUUAUUAAGUGUAUUUGGGCAUCAGAACUUUGUAAAUGUGUAUCUCUAGAAUCACUGUUGCAUUUCAAAAUCAAAUUGUUACAAUCAAUAAUGCUGUCAGACAGGAAGUAAUAGUCAUCAACAUGGCAUAUGCAAUGUUAUGUAUGCAAAUUGCAAAUUCUUUGUGAUAAUCUGCAUUUUAUCUAUUAUAUACAGUAAAUAUAAUUCAUGCAGCAAACAGAAUCUGAUUUGUUUGUUUUAAAUCCUGCAUAUCAUACAGAACCAAAUGUUGCAGCCACAUACGUUUUCUUUCUUUGUAUCAAUUUAUCACAAAGUUAUUGUUGUGCAAAAGACACCAGACUUUAGCAGCAAAGCAGAUUCUUGGUUCUGGCCUGCUCCGUGUUGACAAGGACAUACAGGUUUUCCUACCAGUGCAGACAGUGAUCACCAAUUAUGUUGCAAUGCAGUUAAAGUAGCAAAACAUGUUCAGACACACUUUUUAGGGGUUUAUUUUGUCAGGAAUUUGUGCUCCUAAGGAUUGAGUAAUAAUCUGGGUUGUCAGGCUGUGAGUACUUACUGUACUUAAUGCUUGUACUUUACAUGAGUAUUUCCAUUUUUAUGCAACUUUAUACUUCUACUUUACCAUAGCUUAGAAGGAAAUGUUGAACAUAUAUAGUCGCUAUGGUUGUUUGUUACUUUGGAGAUUCAAAACAUAAACAAAUAAAUAUGAUGUAUUAUUAAAUAUUACAUUGUUCAGAUCUACCCACCUCAGUCAGAUACAUUACAAUGCAGUACUUUUACCCUGAUAC